CCGGAAGAAGCUCAGCUCACUAAUCGCGAUGCUUGCCGCGAAGCUCCUGGGCGCCGCCCGCCACGCGCGUCCGCAGAUGGCAGUGAUGACCGUUGCUCGUACGGGUAGCUCGUUUCUGCAGCCGAUGACGACGCGUCUGCUGCACACCUCGCGUCCCAUAUUGGCCCAAUCGUUCGACGACAGCGGAAUGCCCCGCCUUCAGGACACGCCCGUCAACAUUGGCGUGCUGAUCGUGCCGCAACAGCGCGCGUGGGUCGUGGAGCGCUUCGGUAAGUUCCACGAUGUGCUGACGCCCGGACUACACUUUUUGAUCCCAAUGGUGGAUCGCAUCGCAUAUGUACACUCGCUGAAGGAGGAGGCGAUUAAGAUCCCAGGCCAGACGGCCAUCACACGUGACAACGUGACUAUCAACAUCGACGGUGUGCUGUAUGUCAAGAUCAUCGACCCGUACAACGCCAGUUAUGGCGUCGAGGACCCGCUCUACGCUGUGACGCAGCUGGCGCAGACCACAAUGCGCUCUGAACUCGGUAAGAUCACGCUGGACAAGACCUUCGAGGAGCGUGAGUCGCUCAACCUGAGCAUCGUGGAGGCUAUUAACCAGGCCUCCGAGGCGUGGGGCAUCAAGUGUCUGCGAUACGAGAUCCGGGAUAUCGCCCCUCCUCGCAGCGUCAAGGCAGCAAUGGACAUGCAGGCUGAAGCCGAGCGUCGGAAACGUGCCGAGAUCCUGGACUCGGAGGGUGAACGUCAAGCGUACAUUAAUGUGGCCGAAGGUAAGAAGCGUGCUGCAGUCUUGGAGGCAGAAGGUGCGGCUGCUGCCAUUCUGGCCAAAGCCAACGCGUCCGCUGGUGCUAUUCAGCGACUCUCGAGCGCUAUUCAGGAGACAGGUGGACGUGACGCAGUAGCACUCCAGGUGGCGGAGAAGUACGUGGAUGCCUUUGGCAACAUCGCCAAGGAAGGCACGACUGUGCUGCUGCCGGCCAACACCAACGACCCUUCUAGUAUGGUGGCGUCGGCGCUCUCCAUUUUCGGAAAUAUUCAGAAGAAAAACACCAAGGAGGCUGCUCGUAUUGCUGGCAAGACAGACAGUCAGAGCAGUCCGGACGGCGAACUUGGCGAGUACACUUUGGACAGUAUCGACCCGGACACAGCCAAGAACUAA